CUCGGCAUGAGGCUGGCACGGCUGCUGCGCGGAGCCGCCUCGGCCGCCCCGGGCCGGGGGCCGCGCGCCGCCGGCUCCAGCGCCCGCCGCAGCCUCACCUCGCACUCGGGCUCCGGCCCGGCGCCCGAACGUGGCGUUCCGGGCCAAGUGGACUUCUACGCGCGCUUCUCGCCGUCCCCGCUCUCCAUGAAGCAGUUCUUGGACUUCGGAUCUGUGAACGCUUGUGAAAAGACCUCAUUUAUGUUUCUGCGGCAAGAAUUACCUGUUAGAUUGGCAAAUAUAAUGAAAGAAAUAAGUCUUCUUCCAGAUAAUCUUCUCAGGACGCCAUCAGUUCAAUUGGUACAAAGCUGGUAUAUCCAGAGCCUUGAGGAGCUUCUUGAUUUUAAGGACAAAAGUGCUGAAGAUGCUAAAACUAUUUAUGACUUUACAGAUACUGUGAUACGGAUCAGGAACCGACAUAAUGAUGUAAUUCCCACGAUGGCUCAGGGUGUGAUUGAAUACAAGGAGAACUUCGGGGUGGAUCCUGUCACCAGCCAGAAUGUUCAGUACUUUUUGGAUCGCUUCUUCAUGAGUCGCAUUUCAAUUAGAAUGUUACUCAAUCAGCACUCUUUAUUGUUUGGUGGGAAAGACAAAGGAAGCCCAUCUCAUCGAAAACACAUUGGAAGCAUAAACCCAAACUGCAACGUAGUUGACGUUAUUCAAGAUGGCUAUGAAAAUGCUAGGCGUCUAUGUGAUUUGUAUUAUAUUAACUCUCCUGAACUAGAACUUGAAGAACUAAAUGCAAAAUCACCAGGACAGCCAAUACAAGUGGUUUAUGUACCAUCCCAUCUCUAUCACAUGGUGUUUGAACUUUUCAAGAAUGCGAUGAGAGCAACCAUGGAAUACCAUGCUGAUAAAGGCGUUUACCCACCGAUUCAAGUCCGCAUCACACUGGGUAAUGAGGAUUUGACUGUGAAGAUGAGUGACCGAGGAGGUGGUGUUCCUUUGAGGAAAAUUGACAGACUCUUCAACUACAUGUACUCAACUGCACCCCGGCCUCGUGUCGAGACGUCUCGAGCAGUGCCCCUGGCUGGUUUUGGUUAUGGACUGCCCAUCUCGCGCCUUUAUGCACAGUACUUCCAAGGAGACCUGAAGCUGUAUUCCCUAGAAGGCUACGGGACAGACGCAGUGAUCUACAUUAAGGCUCUGUCAACAGAAUCAAUAGAAAGACUCCCAGUGUAUAACAAAGCUGCCUGGAAGCAUUACAAAACCAACCAUGAGGCUGAUGACUGGUGUGUCCCCAGCAGAGAGCCAAAAGACAUGACAACGUUCCGCAGUGCCUAGAUACGCUUGGGACACCUGGGAACUCCAAAUGUGGCUUUUGCAUUAGGUUUGGAAGGGACGGUGUUCAGAACUACAUUAUGCCAAAUACUUCAUGUAUCCUUUUCACAAUUAUCUAUUUGGGUAGAACAAAUGGAAGCUGAAUUCCAUUUAUGCCUGUUAAAUCUCCUGAAGGAUGAAAUUGUACCUAUUUGACACUUAUAUUUUCACAGUUAACCGAACAUAUUUUUAAAUAUAUGUAGUUUCAGUCAACUUUUCUCUUUUAUGGUAGAGUUCAGAAGAUUGAAAGUCUUUGGGUUUCUACAGGAAGCUGUGUGAUUUUUUAAAAUACUUUUCAUUAAGUCUGCUGGAAACGUUUUCUUAGUAAUACUGAUAAGCUAGUUAGCCAUCUUUCUGUUAUUUGGACGAGUUCUGCCAUCCUUUAUGUAGUAGUGGCAAUGGUAAGAUGGUCUUCCUGUUUACCGGUGACUAACUACAGGUAAAGCAGAAACCAUUGUUCUGUGAGUACAGAGCCAGCCACCUUUCAGUAUCUUCAUGCAUUGUCUUAGCUCUGAAGUUAAUUUAUCAUUUUAAAAUUUUAUUGCGAAAGAUUGUAAUGACUAGUUCCUUACGGAUCUGAGCCAAAAUCAAGGGCAAUCUACUUUGAAUGUGCAUGUGAUAAAUGCAAGGGGAAAUUUUUAUACUGAAAACCAACUAGCAACUGCUAACAUUCUAGAGAAGAAAUUAAAGGCAAAGCAGUGAGUCCCCAAAGCUGAACGUUAUUGAGAUUACCUAGGGGAACUUUUGAGGAUAGAGCCUUUCUGGGUCCCACUGCAGACAUGCUGAAUUAGGCUCCACAGCUAGAGCCCAGGAAUCUCUCAAAAUUCUUCUUGGGUGAGUCUGAUGCAUCACCUAGUUAGGGAACCAUUCUUUUAAAUUGAGUAAUGAUACCACAUUUACUAAAAUAAUAUGUAUCUUUAGGUUUUGGUUUUCACCUAUUGAAAGGUCAGACUGCUAGACUCGGAUGGCAAACUGAAUCUCAAGCCUGGUAUAAUUAGGAGCAUAAUUAGAAGCAGGAGAGAAAAUGACUGCUGGAGAACAGUAGCCAGAUAACAGAAGGAUCAGAACCAUAAGUGCAUAAGUCUUUACAAAGAACAUACAUCUUAUAAGAAAUAUCUAGGGGCGGCCGGUUAGCUCAGUUGGUUAGAGCGUGAGCUCUUAACAACAAGGUUGCCGGUUCGACCCCCACAUGGGCCACUGUGAGCUGCGCCCUCCACAACUAGAUUGAAACAACUACUUAACUUGGAGCUGAUGGGUCCUAGAAAAACACACUUAAAUAAAUAAAAGUUUAAAAAAAUAUAUAUAGACUUUGUUAUCAGGAAAAAAGUCAAUUUGGGCUUAUUGCAACAAUCCUUUGCAUUCGUGUGAUAAUUUGUAGCCUACAUAUACUUUGGUAUGUUAUGAUAUCUCCAUUGGGCUUUAAAACAGAGAGAUACAGAGCAGGUGGUUUCAUGCUUGUGUUGGGACUCAGAGUGUGGCCUAAAGUUGCACAGAAUUGGAGCCAGGGCCCAAACUGUAUAUGUUGGUCACUCCAUCAGCUCCCAAAUCUGGGAGACCAUGAAGUGAGGAGACUGCUGUCAGUCAGACCUCAUCUUUAAAGUGAAAGGGAAAUACAUUGACAAUAAAUUUUAAAGUAAGAUUUUAACUGUUUAAAGAACAGCUUUACUACUUAAAGGGGGGAAACUUUAUCUAUCUGGAAAAUACAUUGAGUUGAAACACCACAUUCUAGAACAAAAGGAUUGUAUAAGCUUAACGAUUCUACGUAAAUUUGUAAAUUGGGAGGGAUGUUAAGGGAGAGUUAGGCCGGAAUCCUGAUUUGACAGAUGCUGCUGCUGAGACUCCGGGUAUGUGGUUUGCCCCAGGCUUCUUACCUAAUCUGGCCAAAUGUUGGAAAAAGAGAUUUUACGUAACCUGUCGUUCCUUAAUUAUACAUUUUGUGAAAAGCAAUAGCAUAUGCUAAUAGAUGAUUUUUAUUAGUUCAAUGUGUUACAAUUUUUUAGCUUUACAUUACACUUUUCUUGUAAUGAUAAAAUUUUUAGAAUCCUUUGACUCAAAGUUACCUACUUUCUUUCCUAAACGAGACAUUUGUACAACUGACAAAAACUUGUUUUGAUUUAUGAAACACUCCCCCGACCUAAAAAAAAAACUUAAACUUUUUCCUUUUUAUUCAGAGCUAAGAGAUGGUGUUUUCAGAGGAAAAGUGAAAUCUUUUUUUUUUAGCUUCUUUUUAGGUAUAAUAACGGCUCUUUACUUUGUUGUGGUAAUGGACAGAAAAUUACAUACAAAAAUAUUCAAGGGAAGCUUUUUCCUAGUUGGUUUUAAAUCAUUGUGCCACCUGGGAAGUUUCUAGAGUUUUUACACUAUUUUGUCUACCAGCGUUUAAUGUGAUGCUAUGUAGUUAUAAAAACAUACAGAAGGAUAAGAAUUGAUACUAAGUGAUUUUUAUAACCUGAGCAUUUAGUGAAUGUGCCAACAUUUUAUAGAAAGAAUCGCAAAAAUAUUCUGCCCUAUACUUAAAAUACUGGCUGGUUUUAGAUAUCUUCAUGCUCAGUAGCAUUCACUUUCUUGCACUGUGAAGUUUUUACAUGAAGAUGUUGAGGUGGAAGUCUACCAUAUUAUUUUAUAAAAUAGUUUGUGAACGGCAAUAAACUGAAAACAUGGAUCAACUCUUAUUUUGAAAAUUAAAUUGGGUCAAUUUAGGUUUUGAAAAUACUAUUUUUUUUAAACAAAAGUAUUUCAUCACCAAGGGUCAACAUUCUAUAAACAUUCAAUAGUUUGUAGUUAGUUGGCUUGCACUAAAUCUCACUAUCUUCAGUAGAGGAAGUAUUUGGAACUUAGAUUUCCAAUGUGUGUAUUCUAACGGAGAAAGCCAGAGGGAGAGUUUGUAUGGUUUGAGUUAUCUUAGAUUUUCAUUAUCCAAACAUCCACAGAUGACUUAUUGCAUAAAUAAAGAUCUGUUGUGUGAUUUUUGAAUGGUUAUAUUUAAGUGCUUUUUGAGUAACUUUUCACAAUAUAACUAAUUGUAGAAAAGGUCUUAAUUGAACCUGCAUUACCUCUCUGCUUGUACCAGUUGAAAGUCAUACCUAAACAAAGAUAGAUUCCUAUCUUUUCCUGAUCGAUGGGAUGGGACCAAAACCCAUCAUUGUCAAAGCCAACAAGUUCCAUAACAGAAUACAGGUCAAGAACUGGGGACACAAACUCUUAGUGUUCUGUGCAAAUGAGUUAGCUCAUUUGUACACAUGGCUGUUGCCGGAGAAACUUUUCAUCAUAUAUGAUUAACUUCUAUCAUAUAUGAUAAUUAACUUUCUUACAGUGUAGCCCAAUGCACUUGAAAAAAUACUGUAAUUAAUAGUGUGAAGGACUUUAUGUGUGAUAAAAGAAGGCACCAUUGGUUUGCUUAGUUCCGGCAUUUUUAAACUAUUGCAUCUUUUGUUCUAUUCACAUGUUUGGAAAGAAUUAGACAUCAUACUACCCACUUUUUUUUUACAGCCUUUGCAUUUCUUCAGCAAUCACUACAACAGGCUUUUAACAGCAAAAGACAAGAUUGCCAGUGUUUGGUACAAAACUUUAGUCUUUUUCUCUUGUCUUGAAAAAGCUAUUGUUUAUACCCGGGAAUAGUGACAGCUAUCUUUUACUUGGUUAAAUUCAAGAUUUUUGAGCAAAAAUACAAAAUUUUCAUUCCAAUAAGAUAAACCAGAGAAACUUCCAUUAGAGUGUUGUCUUCAUCCAGAAGUUAAUUUUCUGGAAGUGUAGACGGGUACUUCCUGUAGUUGUCACAUAGAAUAUUGUCAGAAAUUUUGUAGUUUUUGAGUUGAAAUGUUGACAUCUGUUUAUAAUAAAUUAAAAAUGGUUGAAAUUUUUUUAGCAAAAGGUUUAUGAGGCCAGGGCAUUUUUAACUCAAAUAUAAAAAACCACAGUAUUUUUGCCAUAGUUCUAUACUUAGAUGUCUUCUUUUAUGGGAUUCAAACACUGGGACUAAAAAGACAAAAAAAUAAGUACCAUACUCAGAUGGCUUUUCUAGAUCAUGGAAUUAAAUUUUUCUUUUCCUGUAUCAUUUAAGAGCCACUCAGUUGAUUGGAUUCCAUUUUUAGUUAGACAUUUUGGAGGUUCUUAGAUAAUCGGACAUUUUCAUAAACCACAUUAAAUGGUGUCAUUUUGAAUUGCUAUAAUGAAAAAACUCCAUGUUUAAUUUCAGUCCCAAAUCAUGGAAGGUUAUUGUGACUUACAAUAAUCGGCAAAACUGAAAAUUGUCUUGCCUCAAACCUGUGUUUUCUAAAGGGAUAAAAUUAAUAAUGGGUAUUUUUGAGCUAGGACUCUACAUGCACUUUUAAUUUCCAAUCGGCAUAUCACAGCACUUGAUUUCAAUUUAAAGAGAAAGUUACAGUGGUAUUCUGUGUAAUGCUAUGAUCACUACACUCAGAGCUUCCAGAAGAUGAUUCUUCAGUGAAAACAACACAAAUGGAAGAUUUCUCUGGUUUCUUCUUAGAAGAGGGAACAUUGUGGUACUUUGAUCAACUACCUUUAAUUUAACAAGGUAAAAGACAGCUUUUACUACACUUCAGUGUAAACAACUGUCCUUUUAUUAAGUAUCCUGUUAAAGACAAUCUGAAAUUGUAUUUACUGUAAAGGAAAUAAGACUGUAUGUUUUUCUCUAACUAUUUUCUCAGAAGCAUUCUAAGUGAAAUGAAUUUGAUUUACUGCAACUGGUAGUUUAUUGCUGUGGGCAUUAAGCUAUCCACUAUGCUCUAUAAAAUAAAGACCACACAAAAGAAAUUCAAACAACCCAAAGUAAAAGGAAACGUUAGUGAAUACUAGGUUUAUAAAAUGGGUAUGUGCGUUUUCUCAAAUACUCAUCAUCACUGGAAGGCAUAAUUGUCCUGCAGUAUUGUCCAAAAGUAAUCUAAUUAUCCAUCCCACAAAUGUACUAGGCCCUACGCUAAAUCUGCAGUUUCCUGAUGAUGAGUACAAGUUGGCCACGGCAUUCGCUUUCAAUUUGUAACUUUCCAGCUGAAUUAUCUCUUGUCCAUCUCUAUCUUUGCUGUGAAUUCUGUAAUAUAUUAUUUUAGGUUUGUGUCUAUUCAA